GCCUGGAGCCUGUUUCAGAUGCUGUGUCUCCCUCUCUCUGCCCCUCCCCCGUUCAUGCUCUGUCUCUCUCUGUCUCAAAAAUAAAUAAACGUUAAAAAAAAAAAAUUAAAAAAAAAAAUGUAUGUGUGGAAUAAGGAAUUUCUGAGACCUAUUUUAGCUAAAUAUUUGACAAAGUAGCAUUUCUGCCUAAUGUUUUAUUAUACUUUGCCUAAUGACCUUUAAAAUUAACUGAAAUUAAAACCAUGUUUUUGCAAUUGAUACUGUGUUCCCUUUGAUAACAUCCCAAGCAUGAAUUACUAAUUUCAAGGGAAUCAUGCAUUAUAAAAGUGACCGCUUAGCCUUUCCCACCUGUGCAUUUAAGAUAAAAGGAUGGGAUAAUCUUGUGGUAAUUGCUUAAGGGAAUUACCAGUUUAAGGGGAAAGCCUUGUGUAGAGUGUUAUACCAGACUGACUUAUUCCAGAUGGUUUCAGGAAUCUGUAAACACUCCAUAAUGAUGUGAGUUGUUUUUUCUCUUUUGAGGUACAUAAAUUGUAAUGAGAUGUGUGUAUUUUCUUAGUAAAACUUCCCAUGCAUAAAAAAUGUGUUAUGACCUUGUUUUUAGAGGCACUUUCAAAGCUCGGUAUUAUCUUAAACCUUAAAACACACCCCAGAACACCUGCUCCCUUGGGAGUGCUCUGGGCUUAGCUCUAGAUUCACACGUGGAGCCCUACUCAUGCUCACCAACUUUUCCUUUUGUUCAGCUUCCUACUUUAUCUCCUUAUUUAAUCAUAGCACUAACGGAAUUGUUCCUUAUCCCUUCUCCCCCACUACAUACACAUUGCAAGACCCAAAUGUUAGAACACCAAGUCAGGAAAGAUUGUACAUUGAUUUUGUGAUAAAGGGGGGAAAUGGUAGAACAGCUAAUACGUUCUGAGUGCUUACCUUAAGCCAGGCACUGUUCUAAGUACCUGAUAUCUAUUUACUCAUUUAACCUUCGAAACAACCUUCUGAGGUGUAGGUACUACUAUUUUUCCUGUUUUGCAGAUGUAGACUCUCAGGUACAGAGCCCUGCAGGUCACGUAGCUACCAAAAUGGCAAAGCUAGGAUUCAGACCUCUCGUAUCUGACGCUAUGUCAACUACUCUUCACCUACUCUGAGCACAGCCCACACAGCAGAACGUGGCUGCAGAAAAUUACAGUCGUGCUGGCUGUCUCACCCAGUCAUCAUCACUAACUUUAAGAUGGGCAUCUAGUGACUGACACCUUACCUGCAUCAGACCUCGGACAUCUUCCUGCAUCCCCACUCGCGGCAGACAGCCUUGCUUCCUGUCUCAUAGAAAAACCCAACAGUCAGAAGAGAAUGUCCCAAGUUCCCCUUCCCCCAUCUCCCCAGGUACCUUGAGAAGGUGAGAGAAACAGCAGCUCCUGACAUCCAGAAGCUGGCCCCACCUCGUUGGCUGGCCUCGCUGUGGCUAGGAGCUCAUGGCUAGGCCUCUGUCUUCUGUUGAACGUUACCCAGCUCACAGGACGUCAGUGUCAGGCAGGGCCACUCUGACCACAAUGGUCAGGCCAAGAACUUCUGUUCUUCCUCCCCCAAGCCUUCUCUUCCCCGUCUCCAAUUUUACCUAAGUGUCUCAAGCCAAAAGCCCUGGAGUUAUCCUGGACUCCCAUCUCUUUCUCUCAUACCUUAUAUCAAAUCCAUCAGCGAUUCUUGUUGGCUCUAUCCUUAAAUAUAUUCCUUUUCUGUGGUUGUUGUUUUUAAUUUUUUUUAAACAUUUGUUUAUUUUUGAGAGAGAGAGGGAGACAGAGGAUCCAAAGCAGGCUCCGUGCUGUGAGCACAGAGCCCAGUGCGGGGCUCAAACUCAUGAACCUUGAGAUUAUGACCUGAACCGAAAUCAAGAGUCGGAUGUUCAACCGACUGAGCCACCCAGGCGCCCCUGAGUGAUCCUUUUAAACAUAAAAUGGAGUCACUUCUCUGUUCAAAACCCUAAACGGCAAAACCGAAGUCCUUAUGGUGCCACAAAAGGUCCCACGUGAUCACCCACCACUGCCUCCACCGCCACUUCCUACUUCUCUGACCUCACCUGCUACCCUCCCUGCUCUCUUGCUCUAAUUCAGCCAUACUUGUCUUGAGCACCCGAGCAGACUCCAGACAGAACUUGGCAUUUGCUGCAUCCUCUGCCAGAACAUUCUUGACAUCAUCUUCUCUACUUGCUUCUUUAGGUCUUUGCUCAGAUGUCACUUCUCAGUGAGGCUUUCUCUAACUCACCUUUUUCUUCUUUUUAAUGUUUAUUCAUUUUUGAGAGACAGAGACAGAGUGUGGGCGGAGGAGGAGCAGGAGAGGGAGAUACAGAAUCCGAAGCAGGCUCCAGGCUCCCAGCUGUCAGCACAGAGCCCGACGCGGGGCUCAAACUCAUGAGCCACAAGAUCGUGACCUGAGCCGAAGUCAGACACUUAACCGACUGAGCCUCCCAGGCACCCCUCUAACUUACCCUUUUAAAAAUUGCAGCCCAAACUCCCCAGCAUUCUCUCUCCUCCCUAUUUUUCUCCACGGAACUUAUCACCUCCCCUCUAUGUAUAGUGUUGCAGGGUAGAUAGAAUGUGCUUUCUUCCUCUGUGGAAGCCAAAGCUGGUGGGGGAAGAUCUUCCGUUGCCCUACCUCAUGGCUGCCAAGAACAGUGGUCAAGUAUCAAGUGAUGGUUGGUCAAUGGCAGUGCCCUAAGAGGAUACUGAGGCAAGACCUUGCAUGUGGUUUCUGCUGCUUGCAUUAGUUCAUGGUUUCAAUUUUGUGGGCUCUCCACUCUGCUUUCAUUCUGUAAUUUAAAUUAGCCAAAGUUGGUUCUAUGCUUGUAACCAAUAAUUCUGAUUGACAUCCAAUUAAGAUGUCAGCUACUUAUAAGUAUGUUCAUAUUUGCCCAUCCAACAAUACUUUGAGCAAGUCAAGAGCUGGGUCAUGUCUUGUAUGUAUUUUGCAGUCUCAAAAUCUCUUUCUCACCCAGUUCGGGGCUCCUUCUCUAUAUAGGUUUAAGCAGUGCUUGAUUUCAAAUAAUUGAAUGAUGAGCAAAAAAGUUUCUAAAUAUAAUUUGAGUGAUAAAAAUAAAGUCACGGAGCCUGCCAUGUUAUCACUUUGUGGGCUCUGAAACUUGCCCACUGCUUUUACGAAUUUGUCAUUAGAGUCAUUAACCUUCCCCCUUAAUUUCAGGUCAGUUACAGUUGUAGAUGUAAUGAUAGGUAGGUUAGUUUACUGAUUUGAGAAGACCACUAUUAUAUUACAUCAAGGUUACCUCUAACCAGAGAAUGAGAGAAAAAAGAGAAGGCACCUUUCUCCUACCUGUGUAAAUCAUAUUAUUAGAUGUGCUAGGUAUCACUUUGGAAUGACUCACAUUUGAAUAACACUUUACAAAGCAUUUUCAACAAACACCAUUUAGUCUUUGUAACAAAGGUUUGAGGCAAGAGCAGACACAAAAAAUCCAGACUCAAACUGUCUUUUGACUCAAAAGUUCAUGCUGUUAAGCGAUGUAAAAAGACAAAUGACAAAUUUGGAAAAUAUUUGCACCAUAUAUCAUAGUUAAAAAGUUAGUAUCCCUAAUAUAUAGAAAGCACCUAAAAAUUCAGAAGAAAAAGACCAUUAAAAUAAAAAAAAAAAACUGAACAGAAGAUAUGCACAAAAUGUUCACAGAAAAAAAUGCAAAUGACCCUUAAACUUAUGAAAACAUACCCAACAUAGCAUGAGUUGAAAGAUAAAUGCAAAUUUCAACUACACUAAGAUGUUAGAUUGGCAAAAACCCCAAACUUUGAUAACAUUAAUGGUGGUGAGGCUCUCAGGAUAAAGGUACUCUGAUACGUUGCUAAUGCGAGACAAAUGACACAACACCCAGAGCAGUAAUUCUGGCAUUGUCUAUCAAAAUUAUACAUGUAGUUACUAGUCGAGCCAUCCCACUUGUAGGAAUCUAUGUCAAAGAUACACUUGCAAAAAUAAAAAAAAUAUAACUUAUACACAUAUUAUAGCAAAAGACUGUAAACAACCCAGAAGACUGAAUAAACUACAGUAUAAUCCAUUCAGUAUUAGAUAACUGUAAAAAGGAAUGAGGAAGAAAUUUGUAUCCCGAUACAGGGUUGUGGUAGCCAAGGAGAUGUGCUAUUUGGAACUUCUUUCCAAAAAUAACUUGCUGCAAGGAGUGCAUCUUUACUGAUGCUUUUUGCUUUUUCACAUGUAUUUGCUUCAAUGUAUUUGCUUCUUGAGAGAGAGACAGACAGACAAUGUGAGUGGGGGAGGGGCAGAAAGAGAAGGAGACACACACACUCUGAAGCAGGCUCCAGGCUCUGAGCUGUCAGCACAGAGCCCAAUGCAGGGCUCAAACCCAGGAACCAUGAGGUCGUGACCUGAGCCAAAGUCAGAUGCUUAACUGACUGAGCCACCCAGGUGCCCCCUUUGCUUCUUUAAUCAUGAUUUCUUUUAGUUCUUUGAACAUAUUUAUAACAGCUACUUGGAUAGCUUCGUCUGAUAAAUCUAACACCUGGGUCACUCUCACAGGCGGUUUCUGUUGCCUGCUUUCUAUUAUACAGGUCAUAGUUUCCACUUUCUUUAUGUUUCCCACAUUGUUUUUGUUGUUGUUGGAGAAUGCAUAUUUUAGAUAAUAUAUUGUAGCAAGUCUGGGUAUUGCCCACCUACCACUUCUGAAACUUGUUAUUGUUAUUUGCUUGCUUAUUUGUUUAAUAACUGCUGGAUUCUUGUAUUGGAGCCUAUUUCCCCUAACCCCGUCUGCCUACAGAGUUAAGCCUCUGAUAUUUGCCCUUAGGAAACACAGUCUUUUUAGGCCCACUGUCAUCCUGGGCUGACAGUGGUUUUGACAGGGCUCUCUUUGUCUCUUUCCCUAACUAUACCAAUCUGUUAAGCUUUCUGAUUGCCAGCUGAUUGCUUUAUUAUUUUCAACAAUAUCCAGGGCAUAGAUUGCCCCACAGACUAAAGCAAUCAAAUUUGAGUUCCUUUGGAGGGACAGUUUCUCUUACUGUUUGAAUUUUGUUCUGACCUCAGGUAGGCUCCUUCCAUUGUCUUGUGCCCACUGUCCCUUAUUAGGAAAACUAGCUGCUGACAAUUUAGCCUGUAUGUCUAAUGAUUCUACUAAUCUCCUCCCAGUUCCCUUUCACCAUCAUUUCCAUUCAUUUUGUAAGUGUCCUUAAGCUUGAAUGUCUCCACACUCUAUUGCAAGUAAAACUAAUACGGUGGAAGAGAUUAAAAGAUACAUUUUUUAAAAAGUUUAUUUUGAGAGAGAAUGACUGGGUGAGGGGCACAGAGAGGGGGACAGAGGAUGUGAAGUGGGCUCUGUGCUGACAGCAGAGAGCCUGAUGUGGGGCUCGAACUCACAAACUGUGAGAUCACGACCUGAGCCGAAGUCAGACAUUAAACAACUAAGCCACCCAGGUGCCCCAAAAUACACGUUUUAUUUUUUUUUUUUUCUUACAGCGAGUGUAAGCAGGGGAGGGGCAGAGAGAGAGGGGGAGAAAGAAUCUUAAGCAGGCUCCAUGCUGAGCAUGGAACCCAACACAGGGCUCCAUCCCAUGACCAUAAGAUUCUGACCUGAGCGCAUAUCAAGAGUUGGACGCUUAACCUAUUGAGCCACCUAAUUCCCUUAACAGGUAGAUUUUAGGUCUGCUUCUCCCCCCAGGCAAAACAUCUUUGCCAAGGCUCUGGAACUGGAGACAAUGGCAUGCUACUCACUCAGUGACAUCCCCAAUUUAGGAACUGGGCCCUUGAGGAGUGGAGUAGAGACCUCAGGUCUUCUUGGUUGGCCGCUCCCUCAUGGAACCACCACUUUAUGAGCCAGGCCAAGGGCAAUCAGGACCCUUGUACUCUCGCUAAGCCAUGUCUAAGCCAAAGCCUCCAUCCUGCCUCUUUGCUACACUUGCCUAGAAUUUAGCUUCACCAACCAGUAGCUGGGGGCAGCAUGAGAAACACCGAUAUGCUAGCCCUUCCUGGAAGACAGCCCCCCUGACUGUGAGCUGGGAGAAGGAGUCUUGUGUUAUUGGUUGUGCCAGUCUGGCGUGGAGGUUCAGUCUCACUGUUUUGGGAGAGAAAAGGGGGGAAACAGGUCUCAGUUCAAAUACUAUAAACUCUCACUGUUUCUGCUGAAUUUUGGUAGAAUUUUUGAAUAAAUGUUUCUUCAUUUGCUGAAUGUCCUUAGGACAAUUUCCAGAGACUCGAGGUGAUUUUGUUUUUAUCAUUUUAACCAGUUUUCCUGGGGAAUGGGCCCAUAGGCACCUCAUGCUGUCAUACUAGAAGUUCCUCUAAAACUAAUUUUAAUAAAGUAUCACCAGGGCACCUGGGUGGCUCAGUUGGUUGAGCAUCUGACUCUUGAUUUCGGUUCAGGUCAUCUCAGGGUUGUGGGAUGGAGUCCCACAUUGGGCUCUGCACUGGCCAUAGAGCCUGCUUAAGAUUCUCUCUCCCUCUCCCUCUGCCCCACCCCCCAUUUACAAAAAUAAAAAAUAAAUUUAAAAAAGUAAAGCGUCAAGGUGCUUGGGUGACUCAGUCAGUUGAGUGCCCGACUUAGGCUCAGGUCAUGACCUCACAGUUUGUGGGUUCAAGCCCUGUGUUGGGCUCUGUGCUGACAGCUCAGAGCCUGGAGCCUGCUUUGGAUUCUGUAUCUCCCUCUGUCUCUGCCCCUCCCACGCUCUCUCUCUCCCUCUCUCUCAAAAAUGAAUAAAAUAUUAAGAAAAUAUAUUAGAAAUAUUUUUUUAAAGUAAAGUGUCACCUAUGGAAGGAAGGAAUAUUUUUCUGAAUAUGAUUUUGACUUUGGAACCCAUGUAAGUAAUUUACAUAAUUUAAAACAAAUUUUAAAAAGCAGUACCUAAAAAUGGAAAAUAAGUAAAAAAUCUAACUGUAUAUCAGGUUGGUGGCAUAACAACAUGGAAAAAAUAAUUCUUUUUUCUUUUUUCUAAAUAUUUAUUUUUGAGAGAGACAGAGGGACAGAGUGUGAGCUGGGGAGGAGCAGAGAGAGGGGGAGACACAGAAUCUGAAGCAGGUUCCAGGCUCCGAUCUGUCAGCAUAGAGCCCAACUUGGGACUUAAACUCACAAACUAUGAGACCAAGACCUAAGCCAAAGUCAGAGGCUUAACCAAAUGAGCCACCAAGGUGCCCUGAAAAAAAUAAUUCUUAAGAAACCUAAAAAUAGGUUUUUGACUGUAUAUACCUACUGUGAUAUAUACAGUGGUUUGCUAAAGUUACUCUCCUGGAGCCAAAUCAAAUUAUGUUAAUGUCAUUAGGAACCAAGAUUUUUUUUUUUUUUUUUUUUUUGAGAGAGAGCAAGCAAGAGAGAGCGCUCAUGUGAGUUGGAGAAAGGCAGAGGAAGAAAGAGAGAGAAUCUUAAGCAGGCUCCACGUCCAGCUCAGAGCCCCAUGCAGGGCUCAAUCUCAUGACCAUGAAAUUAUGACCUGAGCUGAAAUCAAGAGCCGGAUGCUCAAUUGACUGAGCCACCCAGGGGUCCCAAGGAAACAAGAUUUUUUAUUUAAGUGACAUCAGUAUAAAACUAAACAAAUUAAGUAAAAACUCUGUAAUCUUGUAACUGAAUUGAAAAAAUCAGUAUGAAUUCAUGAUUUAUUUUACUUUAAAUUUUUUUUUUUAAUGUUUAUUUAUUUUUGACACAGAGAGAGAGAGACACAGAGCAUCCGAAGCGGGCUCCAGGCUCUGAGCUGUCGGCACAGAGCCUGAUGCGGGGCUCGAACUCACAGACCGUGAGGUCAUGACCUGAGCUGAAGUCUGAUGCUCAACCGACUGAGCCACCCGGGUGCCCCGAUUUAUUUUACUUUUAAAAAUAUGUAUUUAUUAGCUCUGCCCACUAAAAGGCCUAGAACAAGCCUCUAGAUCUAACUCCCACGUGAUAGGAAAUGCAUGGGAUAGAGAAACAUGUUACAUGGAGACGGAAUCAGCCAAGUCCAGAAUUUCAGAAACUCUAGAGUAUAAGUGACCCAAUUUCUUCCACAAAUAGAUGGCAAGAAAAAAGGAGAGGGAAAAGAAACCAUCAAAGUUUAACAGAAACUUUAGAAACUCAUACUAAAUGCAGUAUAAACAUUUUCUUUUGAAUCUUGGUUCAAACAAACCAACUACAUAUGAGACUCUUUGGGAAUAAUUAGGGAAAAUUGAACACUGAACAGUUAUUAGAUGAUAUUAAUAAGUAACUGGGUAUUUUAACAAAUUAGAUGAAGGAAUUGCUAACUUUUUCAGGGGAGACAAUAACAUUAAGAGAUUUUUAAUGUUUUUAUUGUGUAUUUUUAUUUUCUGAUUUGAACAAAUGAGCCUCAAAAAGUUAUGAGAUGAUCAGGAAAAUUUAAACAAUGAAUGGAUAUUUGAUAUUAAGGAAUUAUUGUCUCCUUAUGAUAAUAUGAUCAUAUAACAAAAAAUUUAUCUUUUAUAUUUAUAUACUCAACUGCCUAUCAUCAUUAUGUAGUGAUAAGACUUUACCAAAAAAAGGAUUCUUUUUUUUUUUAAGUGUAUUUAUUUAUUUUUGAGAGAUACAGAGACAGCAUGAGCAGGGGAGGGGCAGAGAGAGAAGGAGAGAGAGAAUCCCAAGCAGGCUCCAUGCUGUCAGCACAGAGCCUGAUGCCAGGCUCAAACUCACCAAACCGUGAGAUCAUAACCUGAGGGGAAACCAAGAGUCAGGUGCUCAACUGACUGAGCCACCCCAGGCGCCCCCCAACAGAGGAUUCUUAAAUGCUUAUAGAACUAUUUAUAAAGUAAUAUUGUGUCUGGAAUUCGCUUGAAAAUAAUCCAGGUUUUUGUUGCUUUUGAAGGGGGAGGGGUUGGUUGUAGGUGAAACAAGAUGGACCAGAUGUUACUAUUGAAGGUGAGUGAUCACUAUUCGUUAAAGUUCAUUAGACAUUUUCCCAACUUUUCUAUAUGUUUAAAAUGUCCCAUAAUGGAAAGUUUUAAAAAUAAGCAAAAAGUUCUUCCCAUGAUUCUCUAAUGGGAAGAGAAGAGGAGUUGGGAAGAGGAGUUGUAGGAAGCCUUGAUGGGUAGGCAGGAAUUUCUGCGGCAGAUAAGUCCAUGGAGGGUACUGCUGUGGGUAACCCGUAGCUGAGUUGUGACCAAGACCUCGCUGUAGAAUGAUGUGUGUCUUCCUGGGACCUCCUGAGCUAAGCAAGUAUCAGGAUAAAUAAAGUUCAAGUUCUGGUGUUUAAUACUUUGCUAAGGCAGACCCCACAUGACCAAAUCCAACUUAUUUUUUUCCUUUUCCAAAAUACCAAUCCAAGUCCCAACCAUCCUACUGGACCCAGCUCAAACCCUUCCUUUUCUUAACUAACUGCAUAUCUAGUCAUCUCUCUUUUUCUAUAUUUUUGUCACUCAUUUCGUCUUCUUGUUUGUUCCCUCAUAUUGUGAGUUGGUGGCUUCCCAAGACAUAUUUUUCCAGCCUCAGUGUAUGCUCCUAAAGCCAGGGACUAUGACAUACUCAAAAAAUUAUUUCAGCAUCAAAAAUAAUACCAUCCACAGAGCUGGAACUCAAUUAAUACUUGAAUAAAGGCUUUGAAGAAGCCAAAAAGUAAAUUAUGCCAUGGUCUAUUGGAUAAAACAGUCGGGGUGGGGCAAAAGGGUUCUUGAGUCCUCUCUCCUGGUAGUUCCAAAACCCCCACAGUCCCAGCACCUCUAUUCCUGUUAUGAAACUGUUGGAUACUUUGACCAUCUCAAGUAUGUCUAGCAAAACUCAGGGCCAUCUGGCACUGCAUAGGAGCUUAAGAUACCUUUUUUUUUCUUUUUUUAAGUUGGAAUUUAAGCCAAGUUUUUUGCCCUUGUGGUAAUCACCACGUGCAGUUUCUGCACAGAGCAAGUCUGGGUUUUUCGCUGUCCUGUCCAGCAGGCUAUGCUGUGCACAAAGAGAACACACCAGCAAUGUUUGUGUGAAAGCAGAUAUCCUGUGUAUCCCUAAAUAAAGUGGAAUAGAACGGAGUUCUCAGGAUCUAUAGUAAUGCUGCUAUGAACUCUGAUUCAAAGGCACAUUGCUUUCUCUUAAGGCAUCGUAGGCUUAAACGUUUAGAUUUAGUGAUUAAAAGAAAGAUUUAUUUCAGCGCAAGACUAGAAAUUACACAAACAUGCAGCAACAAAGCAUUAGGGACAACACUCAUCUGGGAGCACGCUGGAAAACAUUACACGUUUCUCCUUUGGGCGCUGUGGUCCUCACAGGUGACCGCUACCACCUUUACCCAGAGAAUUGUGCGGGCGAAUGAAGGCCGACGGGUACCCACGCGGACCUAGAGGGCGCCUACCAUCGGUGCGGAGCCCACCCAUGCGGCCCGGCCAGGCCAGGCCAGGCCCGGCACCACCGAGUGCGGACCUCCGGCGCAUCCUAGAGCGGCCACACGCGGCCACAGCCCGCGGGGCACUUCCGCCCGCGCCGGCGCCGCCCGGUGGACGGCUGGGCCUUGCCGCGGGCCUGCGCCUCCCUCGGCUCCUGCCGCGGGCCUCGGGUAGUGGGGUGGAAGAUGUCUAUGGAUGUGACAUUUCUGGGUACGGGUGCAGCAUACCCCUCCCCAACCCGGGGUGCCUCUGCUCUGGUCCUUCGGUGUGAGGGCGAGUGCUGGCUCUUUGACUGUGGGGAGGGAACUCAGACACAGCUGAUGAAAAGCCAACUUAAAGCAGGGAGAAUUACCAAGAUUUUCAUCACACAUCUUCAUGGAGACCAUUUCUUUGGCCUUCCUGGCCUCCUCUGCACAAUCAGCCUGCAGAGUGGCUCUGUGGUUACCAAACAGCCUAUUGAAAUCUAUGGCCCUGCCGGGCUUCGGGACUUUAUCUGGAGAACCAUGGAACUCUCUCACACAGAGCUGGUCUUCCCUUACGUGGUCCAUGAGCUGGUGCCUACAGCAGAUCAGUGUCCAACAGAAGAACUAAAAGAAUUUACGCACGUGAAUAAAACAGACAGUCUUCCCAAAGAGGGACAAGGAAGAACUAUCCUACUAGACUCAGAAGAAAACUCAUACCUUCUGGUCGAUGAUGAACAGUUUGUUGUAAAAGCAUUUCGCCUCUUUCACCGAAUUCCCUCCUUUGGGUUUUCAGUCGUAGAGAAGAAACGACCAGGUAAACUCAAUGCACAGAAACUGAAAGACCUUGGUGUUCCGCCAGGUCCUGCCUAUGGGAAGCUGAAAAAUGGAAUUUCUGUUGUUCUGGAAAAUGGAGUUACAAUUUCUCCCCAAGAUGUCUUAAAAAAGCCUAUUGUUGGAAGAAAAAUCUGCAUUUUGGGUGACUGUUCUGGGGUUGUGGGUGAUGGAGGAGUGAAGCUGUGCUUUGAAGCAGACCUGUUGAUCCAUGAAGCGACCCUCGAUGAUGCCCAGAUGGACAAAGCAAAGGAGCACGGCCACAGCACACCACAGAUGGCAGCAGCAUUUGCAAAGUUGUGCCAAGCAAAGAGGCUAGUUCUGACUCACUUCAGUCAGAGGUACAAGCCAGUUGCCUUGGCCAGAGAAGGAGAAACAGAUGGGAUUGUAGAACUGAAAAAGCAAGCCGAAUCAGUGUUAGAUCUCCAAGAAGUGACUCUAGCAGAAGACUUUAUGGUGAUUGGCAUUCCGAUCAAGAAAUGAAACCCAGGUUCUGGAUACAUACUGACAUGUCUGUGAAUAUGUUCCUGAGCCAACAGCCAAGUUGGUUGUUGUAGUUGGUGGUUGUGCUUCUAGUUUUGGUCUGAAAUUAUUUGGGUCCUAACCACCCUAAAAAAGGAUAGAGCUGCAUCGCUGAGCUGAUUCAGCAGUGACAGGGAACAAGCUUUUGGAUAAUAAAUCAUUUUAAAAAGAAAAAAACCAGCAUCCUUCUUAAAGCCCAAAUUUGACAAAACGAUAACCUGUUCAGGUAUACUUUUUGUUCUGUGGCUGCUGCCUCAGGUGUAAGCCAGUACCCCCGUGCAAUCCUGGGCUUAGCUUCUGCCCAGGUUUAUCGCUGUUGUUGGCACAGUAUAUAGGGAUUGGCCCUUUGGGCUAAAAAUGGUAUUUUGGCAGUUUGUUGAAUCUGUUCAUAUUAUUAACAGAAUACAGAGAAAUGUAAUGAGACAUUGGACAUGCAGGAUUGAAGGUAGCAUAUUAAAUCUGUAUUUGUUUGCUGGAAUACUGAAUGCAGGAUCAAGGUAGGUGUUUAUCUUCAGUCAUUGUUCUAUGGAACUUUCUGCUUUGCUGUAAACCUGUGGGUCUCGGCUGGGGGUGAUACCACUCCCUUAGAAAUUAUGGGGAUGUUUCUUGUCAAAAUGACUCGGGGGCUGGAGAGGGGUACUACUAGAAUUUAGUCAGUAGGGACCAGGGAUGCUAGAUACUAAAAAAUUUGAGUCCUGUACAGUGAAAAAUUAUCUCCCCCCAAAAUGCAAAUCUCAGGCCUUUUGAAAUACACAGCAAGUUAAAACCUAUACUCCCAAUGUAAAUAUACUUUAUCAAAAUUAGUGAUGUG